CGAAAGUGUGGACACAGCCAGAGCCCGAAUGCCGAAUACGAGCGUCGCCACAAGCGUAAUAGAAGAAGACGCGAUGAUCUCCUAAAUGGAAGUGGGAGGGCAACCAAAAGCGGCGCGGGAUUCAGCCAGGUGCUGCGUCAAGAUAGAUGUUAAAGAAAGACAAACUCAAACUUACGAAUUGCACUCUCAUACAACGACACCUAACGACUAUGAUCCAUUCAAUCAUAUGGUUGUAUAUACUGCGCUUCAUCAUAAUUAGUUCAUUCCACGAGACGGACAGAUGAUUCAUGAGAAGCAGCGAUAUUAGUGUUUCUCAAGAAAAGUACCAAAACCAAGCAAUGACACUUAAUGAGAGAGAAUGAAUGACACUGCAUUUAUUUUUAGAUAACACGACUCAGCUGAACAAGGCUUCACAGAAAUGUAAACGAUUACUAUACUUCAUUGAUACUUCCAUCCGAAAACCAAAUCCUUCGUAAAAAUCAUAGACUUAGUCAAAGUGCAAAGCAAAAGUAGAACAAGAAAGCGAUUUCUAACGACGAACCAAAAAUUUUUGGAAAAAGAACAAGAGGGUUUUCGGAACCUCCGUAACUGUAUUUGUUAAGUUGAUCAAAGACAAAGCCACUCUCCUCUUCGAUUACCACACGAAGUGAAUGUCAAUCAUAUCCGGUAUUCGAUAAUAUCCAUUCAGCACGCAGCAAUUAUGGGCAUUGCGCAGGUGAGUCAUUUUCUUUCUUUCGUUUCCGUUUCAGAAUCACAUAGAGGUAGGGAUAGUACUAGAGACGUGCUUAUCGAAAGCUUUUCGCCAAGCGAACGUUUACAACUCACCGCGAGCGAGUCGUGCACGUACGACAAGGAAUUUUGCGGCUUUACCAGCAGGGUACAUGAGGUGUCCAAUCACGAACAUCAUUUCAUUUGUAUUUGUGGCUACUUGGUUUUCAUUCACGGCUGAAUCAUCUGUCUAGAGGUCGACGAAGUUAAGCGUACACACUCACAGCAUAAGCAAUAGCAUGUCAUAGAAAAUUGUAACUUUCAACGUGCACAGAGUUGUAGAUUUUGAGCAAGGUCGCGUUCUUGGAGUAACACAAGUGGUCUCGGAGCGGUCAUUAGAAUGUUUUUUCAUUAACUAUGAUGCGUAGGUGGGUGCGUGUCGUUGUUUCAGUAGUUUAUGCGAUUGACUACAUGUAAGGGUAUCGCCGAUUCAUAUACUUUAUAACGACCGUGUUAGUGUGGUGCUCGAUAGAAGGGGCGGUGUCCGUGUGUUUCCACUUUUGACGCAGCACACAGGCAGCAGAUGGGCGACCCCGAAUGUACACGUUGCGAGACGCAUAGAAUGUAUCUAUUGUUACUUACCAUGUACAGACGAUUUUGUUAGUAUCUUGUUUUGGCAUUUUCAUGGCCAUCCAUUCAAGAAUGACCGCCCAGGACAGAAUGAAAUUGAUUUACUAGGCAAGUAUCCCAUGUAGUGUUUCUUUGUUCGUAGAGGUAUCGCCCAAAAAACCAAAACAUCUCAUUCAUCGUAACCUUGACAAACAUCGACGUCGGUAAUUUUUGGCUAAAUUCGGCACCUACUUGUCUCUCGAGCGUGCGUCGCCUUACGGGGAGCUUCGUGUUGUUUCCUUCUAGUGCAUACCUUAUCACAUAUUAUCAUCCGGAACUAACACCGAAUCGCCACUGCUCUUGUAGCGUGAAGAAGAGAUAUGGGAGAUCGCCCAUCAUCCAGAUGGAAGAAGCGUGAAGUACUUAUCCACGGCUGGUAGAGACGUGAAUAACCUCUCUCAGCCCUGUCGUUGGGCCUCCAAGUAGCGCGAGCCUCCUGGGUAGAUGCCGAAUUAUCUGUCA